AUGUCCGUACCGGCACUUCCAGUUACCCUCGCACCUGCCCUAAGCGGCCGCGACGCCGUAGCUGACGCCCUCUAUCGCGCCGUCGUCGCCUUAGACACCGCCGACGAUGCUCUGUUCAAAUCUGCCUUCACGACUGAUGCCGUCUUGGACCCAAUGCUAUACCAUGCUCACCAAAUUGGACACCAACCACUCCUUUCCAACAUGCGUAUCAACAUCACGGAAGGAGACUCGAAGGCUCAAGUGACAUGCUCUGCUCUUUCUCAACACUACCGUGGUGGAGAGGGCAUGAAUCCCAGCUCUGACUUUCUGCUUGCUGGUGGAUUGUACUGGGUGGAGCUGGUUAAGGAUUCUGGAGACGGAUUGUGGAAGAUAAAACACUGGACGCUAAAGUCAACUUGGGGACAAGGUGACUGGGGCAUUCUUGGCAAAUAG